GCGAGAUUUGGACCAUUGUUUCUGAUAAUGGCGGCGCCCUGUGUGUAAACACGCAGCAUGUGUUUUGAUUAUUAUUGACAGAUGCGCUGUGUUUGCGCGUAUAGAAUAAUCGGUAGAAAGAAAUUUAACGAAAGGACAGCAAGGUGCGGCUUUUUUUUCCCCGGACAGGUGACUCAAAAUUUAUGUUUCUCUUUCUGUAACUUUACUACAUGAACAAUUUGGCGGGGAAAACAAACUCAUGCAUUCUGCAUGCAGGCUUCAGUUUUGCACCGACAUUACCUUAAUGGCCCAGUCUUCUGUCUGAGAGUGAAGGUUUUUACCCACACACACUUCUAGACUCAGGAACUGAGAGAGGUGCGAGUAUGUCCGAUCCUGGAACCUGCCGUGAUGGAGGAACAGGACAGGAGGCAGAAGCUGAUGGAGUUUCACCUUAUGCUGAGCCUCUUCCAUCCUGCACUGAAGAGGAAGCUCAAUCUGCUGCCAAACAGCCACCUCUUGUUGAAGGGAUGGGGAUAGACUUCAGUCAGCCUGAGACAUGCACCGAGACACUGACAAGAGUUAGUGAAGUGUUCGGUCAGUCAGAAGAUGCUCUAGAGAGACCUGGAGAAUUGACCCAAAAUAAUGAAGACAGGCAAGAAAAUGAAGAGACAUUCACAGCACCUGAGGGAAGAGAGGAUGGAGAAGGAGAUGAGCAGGAAAACACUGAACCAGAGCCCAAUGAGUAUCAACACCAAUACCUGGGCCUGGAUUUCAGUCAGAACCUUCAGAUGCUCACAGGCUCCUGGGCAGAAUUCACCCAGACUCCGGAGAACUACCUCAGGGGCUGCAAAUGGGCUCCAGAUGGUUCCUGUAUCCUCUCGAACAGUGCAGAUAAUGUGCUGCGUGUGUAUAAUCUCCCACCCGAGCUCUACAGCAACAGCUGGGAUCUGCUCUCAGAGAUGAGUCCGGUGCUGAGGAUGCCUGAAGGAGACACCGUCUAUGACUACUGCUGGUUUCCAAAGAUGAGCUCUUUAGAUCCAGACACCUGCUUUAUUGCUAGCAGUAGCCGUGACAACCCGGUCCACAUAUGGGAUGCUUUCCAUGGUAACCUUCGUGCAACAUUUCGUCCCUACAACCACCUGGACGAGCUGACGGCGGCCCAUUCGCUGUGUUUCUCUCCGGAUGGCUCUCAGCUCUACUGCGGCUUUGAUAAGAUGGUCAGGGUGUUCUACACAGAGCGGCCUGGACGGGACUGUGAGCAGAGGCCUACUGUCGUGAAGAAACAGGGCCAGAGUGGUAUAAUCUCUUGCAUGGCAUUUAGUCCUUCUCAGCCAGUGUAUGCUUGCGGUUCGUACUCGCGCACAGUGGGUCUAUACUCAUGUGAGGACGGAUCAAUGUUGGCUUUCUUGCCACAGCGCCACCAUGGUGGAGUCACACACCUGCUCUUCUCACCGGAUGGCAACCAGCUGUACACAGGUGGCCGUAAGGAUCCAGAGAUCUUGUGCUGGGAUCUCCGAGAUCCGGGUCGGGUUCUUUUCUCUCUACACAGAAAUGUGAGCACUAACCAACGCAUUUACUUUGACCUUGAUCCAUCUGGCCGGUACCUUGUGAGCGGAAACACAGCGGGAAUGAUUUCAGUAUGGGAUACACUCACAGCCCCUCCUGAUGGUAAUGAAGAGGUGCUGAGGCCCGUGCUCCAGUUUCAGGCUCACACAGACUGCACUAAUGGCAUCAGUCUUCAUCCUUUUAUGCCGUUAGUGGCAUCCUGCAGCGGUCAGCGUCAGUUCUCGUGGCCUGGAGACAGCGAUGACUCAGACUCAGACGAGGACAGGAUGAUGACAUCCAGCGACAUCAGAGAGGACAAUGGGCUCGUGCUGUGGUGGGUGGGACCACUGGGUUCAACCAACGAACAGGGGCAGGAAGAAGGGAGCACAGCUUGAGAACUGUUCCAUUUCUUCGUGAACCGGACCAAGAUUUACAAAGUGCCAGGUUGCAGAAACGACAGAGAAACGAAUGUACAUGUGUAUCGUGUAAUGUCUCUCAAAGACAAUCUUACAAAAAUGGAGCUUAAGACUUUAUUGAUUUUUGAGGAGCUUGUAAAGUGUUUUAUAGUGAAUGUCUUUCGCAGGUAUUGAUGCUAGGGGAAGGGAAUUUAAAAGCUCAGUUAAUUACGAAAAAAAAGCCAAGCAGUGAACUUUUUCAAUUCGUUAGUGAAUUAGUUCAAUUUAAUGUGAAUAAGGAGUUUUAAGUUUUUGUUAAGGGGAUUGGAUUCUCUUUAGUGCUUGUAUUGCACUGAUCACUUCUCAAUAGCGGUUUUACUUUUGGUUUCUUGAACUUGCGGUAUUCGCUGAUUUGUUUAUAGCAACUAUUGGGGGGAAAAAGGCAUUCUCGGUCUUUGGAGAAAUUGAAAGACGUUUUCUUGAACACAGAUCUUCUUAAAUGGUCAUGUUGGAGGAAAGAAUAGAAGCAAACACUGAAUCAUCUCUUGGCAUUCCGUGUAAUUUCUCCUCCACUGCUCAUCCAAUCUAAUUCUUCUGCUCCAUUGAGAUUCUGCUCCAUUUAUUUCUUCUUCUAUGUGUAGUUCUGCCAUGUACAUCUGUGAAUCAUUUUUAACCAAUGAUAACAUGGAUGUAAGAACCAGCUUUGCUGUAACCCCAAUGAGUCUGGGUAUCCGCACUGAUUUGUACAUUUUUUUGGGUGACAGUUGUGAACAUGGAUACAACUCUAUUAUAAGAUCCACACUGUUCUUCUCCAACAUCCCUCAUAUGCUAUAUACAGUGGGCUAUUUGUAGAUUGUAAUUAACUUUAUAAAAUUCUAUCUCUUGAUCCUUAUUAUUAAAGGUGCAGUUUGACAUUUUUAAACCUGCAAAAAUAAAAGUUUCUUUUUUUUAAUUUUUUUUAAAAACCCUGAUGCAUUAUUUUGUCAGGUAAUUAUUCUCCACAAGGUAUGAGGAUCAUGUCAGUCUAUACUGUAAACAAUUGAAGUGAAAUGCAGCUGCAUAGGAAUAUGCAUCAAAACCCAUACUCCACUAAUACUUCUUAUGAGUUGAUAUUAAUCUAAAAUUAAAAACAGUUAAACACAAUUAAAUGAGAAGUGAAGUACAGUCAUGCGGGUAUUUACAGCUUUUUCUUGUUUUUGUAACCACUGAUUUGAAACAUUAUUUGUUUUUUCAUUUUUAAUCCAGAUGUUUGUUCCUAAUCACAGAUCCUGAACAUCCUUCUCUAAAGGUUAAAGGAUUUGAUUUGCCUAUAUACAAAACUUCUGGUGUUUUUUUCCCCCUUCUGCACCAGUUGGUAGCAUUUUUAGUAUCAGUUUGGUACUUUUUCCUUAGCAUCUUUUUCCUCAGCUUUAUGCUGUGGAAAUUAAAUUUAUACAAGGGUUAUUUCUCUUCAGAUUUUUUUAAGUAAGAAUACAUGGUGAUAAUGGGCAAGACAUUUAAUUUCUGGUCAUGUAAAUGCUGUAGCUAGGUAUGUAGCUUGUGUAACAAUAUAGCAAUAGCCAGGUAAACCAUCGCCACAGCUAAUUAAUCUAGACUUACAGCCUGCUUUAAACAGGUCUUUGUGAGUGCAGUUCUUGAUUCUGUCCACAAGAGGCGCUGUUUACGUUACAAGCAGAGGGGAAAAAACAUUAACUAAAUUUCACACAUGCUAUCUGUCUUUGCAGAGCUGCUGUUUUUGUCAUGCUAUUGGGUCAUUUAUUGUGUUUCCUUUCCACAUUUUGUGCCAAAUGAUUUUUCUCUUUCAUAUGCAUUUUUUUAAAUGUGGGAAUACAGAACUUUAA